UCGACGCGUACGUUCGUGAAUAGUUUGAUAUGGGUUGUGGAUCUUAUAGUAAUUUUCUCAGGUAGGCCAAUUCGUGGUCAUUAGUCGUAUACGAUCGAGGUUUUGUAUUAGCAAUAGGAAAAAAAAUAUAUAUAUGUUUCAAGUGAAGGAACAGGCUAGGAUCAUUUUUAACGGGCCACGCGACAUACCACGCGCCACUCACGCGCUUUGCCUUUCCAUCUUGCUGCCAAAAGUGUCUCUCUAGGGACGAAUUUCACACGUUUUACACGGCAGAUGUUCUAUCCUCAUUUUCUGUUGUUCCUCAAUGUUUCCCUAUCGAUAUUAUCAUCAAAAUUAAACUUUUCCUUAUCAUUAUUAUUCGACAAUCGUAUUCCACGAUUUAGAAUGAUAGUUCAUGAGUGAUAGCUCUUGCUUGAUAGCAGGUGAGUCGAUCUCCGUACGAGAAGAUACCCGAAGGUGAGAGAAUUGCAGGUGAGAGAAACCGGGCAAGCGCAUCGCGAGGCAUACUGUUACGCACCUGGAUUUCACUGCUAUCAUUACUUCGUAAAAUGCGGUCAGUGGAUGUGUGGCAGCUUCUUCGAUUUCGAGACUUUUGUAACCGAAAGUACUGUGUAUGUUUCUACCGGUAGAACGUACGAGAAACAUGUUCAUAUUGUUCAUGAUAUCUGGACCGUGAUAAAAUAAUCGAACAACUGAUCGAAUUUACGAGUCCUCGAUGUCGUUCUUAUCUGUCCACCUAAUCACAUCAUUUGGAGCAGCGACAUCUAUUUUGUCGCAAACACUCAGGAAUAAUCUUUCCUGUGAUAAAUCUUUCAGUAAACCUAUUCGGAAAUCUCAGACCAUCCUCGUGAUAAGUUGCCACUGAACGCUUUUCAAGGAUUCGUCAUCCUCGCGUUUAGUGGAACGAGAUCUAAGACGGGAAGCAUGUCGUUGCAUUAUCCCCAAGGAUAUCGGUAUCGUCCGGCUAGUAAAGCUGUCGGAUCAGGAAAUGGAGAACAAGGUUCCGACAGUGAUGUUGCCGAACUCAGUGAUCUCGAAGAUGACGAGGAUGAAGAUGGAGGCAGCCAGUCGACCAAUAGACGUGUUGAACAAAACGUGGAGGAAGAGGAGGAUGAGGAUGAUAACGAGGAUGAAGAUGAUGAUGAUGACGAGAAUGACGAAGACGAAGAGGAAGAUGAAAAUGAAGAGGACAAUGGAGUAGAUGAUGUGAAUGAGUUACCUUAUCCUGGUUUCGUGCCGGUUGCAUUGCGAUAUCUCGACCAGAAUACACGGCCGCGCAACUGGUGUCUGGCACUCAUCACUAAUCCGUGGUUCGAAAGAGUGAGCAUGAUGGUAAUUCUUUUAAACUGCAUUACAUUGGGGAUGUACCAGCCAUGUGUCGACGACCAGUGUGUUACAAAUCGUUGUAAAAUAUUACAAAUGUUCGAUGACAUCAUUUUCGCUUUUUUCUCCCUGGAGAUGACAAUCAAAAUGGUCGCGAUGGGCAUUUACGGAAAAGGGACAUAUCUCGCGGAUUCCUGGAAUAGAUUGGACUUCUUUAUAGUGAUUGCUGGUGCCCUGGAAUAUUGUUUGAACGUGGAAAACAUGAAUUUAUCGGCAAUAAGAACAAUAAGAGUUCUUAGACCUCUACGUGCCAUCAACAGAAUUCCAAGUAUGAGGAUAUUGGUGAUGCUUUUACUCGACACUCUUCCUAUGCUGGGCAACGUGCUGCUCCUAUGUUUCUUCGUCUUCUUUAUAUUUGGUAUUGUCGGCGUGCAACUGUGGGAGGGCAUCUUGCGUCAACGGUGCUUCCUGAAGGCUUUACCCAACGUCAAAUAUCCCGAGUUACUCUCGGACGAGUACUCGGUUCGAUCACGCAUUUACGACCUUGAGAAGUACUUCGAAUAUCAGGGUCAGGACUACAUUUGCUCGCGUCCCGACGACAACGGAAUGCACUCUUGCAGUAACUUACCGCCACUCAAAUUGGGAAACGUGGUUUGCAAUAAUACCGCGUUGCCAAACAAUAAUACAACGUUUAUCACCAACGACACCUGCGUUAAUUGGAAUCACUACUAUACGGAAUGCAAGGGUCAGGGUAACAAUCCUUUCCAAGGAACGAUAUCAUUCGAUAAUAUCGGUCUUGCCUGGGUCGCAAUAUUUCUUGUAAUCAGUCUUGAGGGAUGGACGGAUAUAAUGUAUUACGUGCAGGAUGCUCAUUCUUUUUGGGAUUGGAUAUAUUUUGUCCUUUUAAUUGUGAUUGGUUCCUUCUUCAUGAUUAAUCUCUGCUUAGUCGUAAUAGCAACGCAAUUCUCAGAAACGAAAAAGAGGGAAAUGGAGAGAAUGCGACUGGAACGUGCUCGUUUUCAUUCUACAUCAACCCUUGCAUCGUCGACAAAUACUUCAGAGCCAACUACAUGUUACGCAGAAAUUGUUAAAUAUAUCGCACACCUGUGGCGAAGGGGGAAGAGGAGAUUAAUGAAGAGGUACCGAGUAUAUUUAUACAAAAGACAACAGAAACGUGAGCAGAAUUUACUCAAGCAACAACAUGGACACCCAUUUCGAGGAGGUGCACCCGGCUUUGAUCCGAAUAGAUUACCCGGAGAUAGAAGACUCCAUCACGGUAGAUGUCCCAAACUGUUGGCGGCUUUGGAAUAUGCGGAACAGCAGCAACAACAGCAGCAAGGCAUUGGCAGUGGUGGGGAAUCGCUUACUGAUUUCCCAGCGAACAGUCCUCCGACACAGACUGCAAUCCUUGCAACCACGAUUGGAAAUAAUGGCGGUAGCAAUGGGAAUUUGGCAAUUGCGCCUCGUGCCAGUCCCGAAGUAUCCGAGGCAGAUGUCUCUUCGAAUGUGUGCAAUCGUAUGGGGCUUCAUCGAACUUCAUCCGUUUCUUGCAAUGGAAGCGAUAAUAUUCUUUCGAAUGCGACCGAAGCAAGCAUUCAGACGAACAACGCGCUGUUAAGUCCGCCUUGCACACAUUAUCGCAGAAGAAGCAGCGUGAUGUUCAGCGAUGUAGUGUUGCUGCAUGGCAGCAACAGUGUCGGUAACGCAUUGCAGGCUGGCACGGCAGUUUCGCCCGGCGAAAGGAAUGUGUGUUCGAGCGAAAAAAUGACGCAGACCGGUGACGGGAAUAUUUGGUCAAGUCCACUACCAGACCAUAUACAGAUGCAAGCUGAAUUGGGUGGAAAUGAAGCUAUGACUUGUCAAGAAUUACUUGCAUUAAGCGGUGCUUUAAGCGCUGCAUUACCGACCGGACAAUUGGCAUUAGAUUCUUUUCUUAAUUCGCUUACUAAAGGAAUAACGGAUCGACAUAUUACCUUAGAGGAUCAUACGCAAUGGUUAGCUUCGGACAUUGAUAAUUGCUCCUGUUGCUGUGAACUUCAGGGCAUUGAUCAAUGGCCAGACGAAAGUGACAAAUGGACGAAAAGUUCCCGUGCGAAAAGAUUCCUAAGAAGUUGUGGAAACAGUUGUAUUUGUGCUAUAAGAUGCAUAAGACGAUUAAUCAAGAAGCUGGUCGAGCACAAAUAUUUUCAACAGGGUAUCUUAUUGGCGAUUUUGAUCAAUACUUUGAGCAUGGGAAUAGAGUAUCAUAACCAGCCAGAGCAAUUGACUAUAGUAGUUGAGGUAAGCAAUAUUGUAUUUUCGGCCGUCUUUGCUGUGGAAAUGUUAUUCAAGAUAAUCGCGGAAGGUCCAUUUGGAUAUAUAAGUAAUGGAUUCAACGUUUUCGAUGGAGUUGUUGUAGUGCUCAGCGUGGUGGAGAUUUGUCAAGCAUUCGUCGAAGAGAGGGGUGGUAGUUCCGGGCUGAGUGUGUUGAGAACCUUUCGGUUACUCAGAAUCCUGAAAUUGGUGCGUUUUCUACCAAAUCUCCGACGACAAUUGUUCGUGAUGCUGCGUACUAUGGAUAAUGUUGCCGUAUUCUUUUCCCUUUUAGUACUUUUCAUCUUUAUAUUCAGUAUUCUCGGGAUGAACCUGUUUGGUUGCAAAUUCUGUGAAACGAUGAAAGGCAGCUCUGACGUCGAGUGUGAUAGGAAAAACUUUGACUCGUUACUCUGGGCUAUUGUGACAGUGUUUCAGAUCUUGACACAGGAAGAUUGGAAUGUCGUGUUGUUCAAUGGAAUGCAGAAGACGUCUCACUGGGCAGCUCUUUAUUUCGUCGCAUUGAUGACCUUUGGAAAUUAUGUUCUAUUCAAUCUGCUGGUCGCCAUUCUUGUCGAGGGAUUCUCUUCGGAGAGAAAUGAAAGAAGAGAACGAGAACAAAGAGAAAUGGCUAGACUUGCUGCGAAAGAAGCAGGAAUAGGCAGUGACGAUGGUUCUUCGAGGAUUUCGAGAUCUCAUUCGAUUACUGAUAGUGAUACUUAUACCCAAGAUCGAAAAAAUUCCUGGCAGAGUGCGGAAGAGUUACGCAAAUAUAAAGAUAACAACAGCAAGGAAAAACAGAAUACCGUAUGGAAGCACCAAAUGGACGAGCCUAAGUGUAAUAUUCAAAAGGAGAAUAAAAUAAUGGGUACUGCCGGUCAACCACCGAUAAUUACCCAUACAGCGGCCACUCCUCAAGAUUCACCGAACACCACUCUCGACGUCGGUUACAGAGAUUUAAACUAUCGAGCUGUUUAUCCUACUGCGGCACUGUCAAUCGAAUCUAUAGAUCGUUCAGGAAGUCAGUGUAGUAUUCCUUCUGGCCUGUUAAAGCUAUCAAACGUUUCAAACAAAAUAUCAACUAAAAAUCUCAUUGCCGGACAAUUUCCUCGACGAAUAAGCCUUGUCACGGCUGUUAUUAAUCCAGCAACGAGAGAAUCAUCUAGUUCAAGUCCACCAAGGAUACAAAGAGGUUAUUCGUGGAAAUUAUCACGGCCAUCUUUGAGAAAGAAACGUUGGUCACAAACGGAAGAUGAACCUCCUGGUAGAGCCACUGUUCUAAAUAACGGUCGAAACACUAUAUUAGGUUCCAAUUCAACUUUCAACAGUGGUUAUUUAUACGGUUCAAUAAGAAAUGACACGCAAAGCGAUACACCGAAUAAUCGAAUGACUGUCCUAACAAGCAAUAAUCGUAGUCUCAGCCCUAAUAAUUCCAUCGAAAGCCGUAGCUCCUCCAUUAAAUGUUACACAGCAACGCCCAAUCAGAUGCGAUGGAUUAGUGACCUUUCACGAAGGAACUCGUUGCGUGAAAAUGAAAAUGUUCAAUCACCAACAAGGAAGAUUUUACCUCUAGACGAGGUAUCUAUGCAAUGCUCAACGGCACGUACAAUCAAUAAUUUAUCAAUGGAGACUGGUCCACUGCCUAGAAUUAAACGACUUCCCGAUCAAGAUAAUGACAAUCAUACAGACGAACAGACGCCUCCCUUGAAUGGUCAUGGUAGUGUGAGCAGUAUUGAGAGAAUUAAAAAGAUUUUCAUGUUUUUUGAACCUAAAGGAUGCCUUAAGGAACGCGAUGAUUACUCACUGUACAUUUUUCCACCGAAUAACAGAUUUCGUGUUUUAUGUCGAUUGUUGGUCGAUCAAAGAUGGUUUGAUAACGUAGUACUUUUUUUUAUCGGUCUCAAUUGUAUUACAUUGGCAAUGGAACGGCCAAAUAUACCACCUGAUAGUGGAGAAAGACUUUUUUUAUCAAGUGCGAAUUAUAUUUUCACCGGGGUGUUUGCUGUUGAAAUGUUUAUCAAGGUUGUUGCAUCUGGUAUGCUGUAUGGUUCCGACGCUUAUUUUACUUCAGGUUGGAAUAUUAUGGACGGAGUUCUUGUAAUCAUUUCUAUAAUUGAUUUAUCAAUGUCUUUAUUGUCGUCGAGUAGUCCAAGAAUAUUUGGAAUAUUGAGGGUUUUUAGACUUUUAAGAUCAUUAAGGCCAUUACGGGUUAUUAAUCGAGCUCCUGGUUUGAAACUGGUUGUUCAGACAUUAUUAUCCUCUUUACGACCUAUCGGCAACAUCGUUUUGAUAUGCUGUACUUUUUUCGUAAUUUUCGGUAUCUUGGGCGUGCAACUCUUCAAAGGUGCCUUUUAUUAUUGUGAAGGGCCUGAUAUUAAAAAUGUACGCAAUAAAACGGACUGCCUGGCCGACAAACGAAACAUUUGGUUAAAUAGAAAAUACAAUUUCGAUGAUCUUGGAAAAGCGCUGAUGUCGUUAUUUGUACUUUCCUCAAGGGAUGGAUGGGUAAACAUCAUGUACACUGGAUUAGAUGCUGUAGGCGUUGAUCAACAGCCAAUCGAGAAUUAUUCGGAAUGGCGGCUUUUAUAUUUCAUAGCUUUUAUUCUACUCGUGGGCUUCUUCGUCCUAAACAUGUUUGUAGGUGUUGUAGUGGAAAAUUUUCACAGAUGUCGUGAGGAACAGGAAAAAGAAGAGCGCGUAAGAAGGGCUGCUAAAAGAGCCUUACAAAUGGAGAAAAAACGACGAAAAAUGCACGAACCGCCUUAUUACACAAAUUAUUCAAAAUCUAGACUGUUCGUACAUAAUGUUGUGACGUCUAAAUAUUUCGACUUAGCAAUUGCUGCGGUAAUCGGUCUGAAUGUUGUUACCAUGGCAAUGGAAUUUUACAUGAUGCCAAAAGCUCUGACUUACGCUCUAAAAAUAUUCAAUUAUUUCUUCACUGCGGUUUUCAUUCUUGAAUCUUUUAUGAAGCUUCUUGCCUUAGGGUUACAUCUUUAUCUUAAAGACAAAUGGAAUCAGUUAGAUGUAGGAAUCGUGAUAUUAUCGGUAGUUGGUAUAGUACUUGAAGAAGUUGAGUCAAAGAUCAUUCCGAUUAAUCCUACUAUAAUUCGAGUCAUGCGAGUUUUACGAAUUGCUAGAGUUUUGAAGUUGCUCAAAAUGGCAAAAGGAAUACGAGCUCUUUUAGACACAGUAAUGCAAGCAUUACCGCAAGUUGGAAAUUUGGGACUAUUGUUUUUUUUGCUGUUUUUUAUCUUCGCAGCUCUUGGUGUAGAAUUGUUUGGACGUUUAGAAUGCAGUGAUGAUAUGCCUUGCCAGGGUCUCGGAGAGCAUGCCCACUUUAGUAAUUUUGGUAUGGCGUUUCUAACACUUUUUCGAGUGGCCACUGGCGACAAUUGGAAUGGUAUCAUGAAGGAUACUCUGAGAGACGAUUGCGACGAAGCAGCGGAUUGCGUGAAGAAUUGUUGCGUGAGCACCAUCAUAGCUCCGAUAUUUUUUGUAAUUUUCGUGCUGAUGGCACAAUUCGUUCUUGUUAACGUCGUCGUCGCUGUACUCAUGAAACAUCUCGAGGAGAGUCAUAAACAGAUGGAAGAUGAGCUGGAUAUGGAAACACAGCUAGAAAGAGAAUUAGCCGCAGAGCAAGAAGAACUAUUGGAAGUAGAAGAAGAGGAAGAAGACGAUGAAACUAUAAAACGAGAAAGAGACGACGGUAGCAUGGACGAAGAUGACGACGUUAGAGAACGUGAUUCUAUUUUAGUAACGAACGAAAAGAUUCCUGCUAGCAGGCCUGGUCUCGCGAAAGUUCGUUCCUUGCCUGCAAAUUUUAUUUACAAUCCACCACAGGAGAGAAACGCAGACGAUGGAACAAUAUCAGUGUCAUUAUCGCGACGCAGUUCGUAUCAUCGUUCUUGUUCAAGGCCGUCCAAGUUCAAAUCGAAACGUAGACAAACGUUUCACUCGGGGCAUCAUCAGAGGAGAUCUUUACUGCCGAUGCAUUUUGAAGUCGCCGAAGUUUUCGAGAAGCCUGUGAGCAAUUUAAGUGUGCCUCGAAUCAUUCCUCAACACAGCUACGGUACAAGUCGAGAUGUCAUUCACGUGCAGCGUCAAAAAUUACAGGCAACCAUCGAUGGACAAGAAAACAAGACUCUGUUGAGCGUGAACAAACCGCCAGCGAGUUCUUCUUUUCCGGUAUCGCCAAUCGGCUCUGUAACAACUCUAACCUGUCCUAAAAUAAGCAGCGAACGUUAUCUAAUGCCAACGCCCAAUAUCUACCCGUCCAAGGCAACAUUGAGUCGUAGGCCAUCGAGCGACACGCAGUCACAAUCCGAUACAAACGUCAGCAUCGGAAGCAUCGCCUCAAAAACGGGCAGUGCGAUGAACGGCUAUAUGGAAACCGGCGUAUCGAGAAGCAAUGGCAGCAGAUCGAACGACUCAAAGGAGAAAAAUGAGAGACGAGUAUCUGCUCCACCGACGGACGAUCUUGACGUGCAGUCAAUCAUUAACGAAAGGAGACCGUCCAAACUGAAGAGCGGAAAUUCGACAGGAGCAACGAGGAUUGUCGGUGAUGAAUAUUCCUCGUCGACUCGAAUAGGAAGUUACGGCCAGGUCUAUGUGACCGAGGAACGUUCCGAAGAAGUAUCACCUAUGUCGAGCGGCAACAUGAGCGAUAGCAUCAUAGAGAGCAGCAGCACGAGUGGAAAUGGAAAUGUGACUGGAAGUGGAACUGUGAACGGUAGCGCAAGUGGAAACAGUAGCAAAAACGGAAGCGCUGUGGUGCAUGUAAUAGAAGGAGUGUGCGCCACUAUUGGCUCGGACGUUCGUAUAUACGUGGACGAUACCGAUUCGGCGAGUAGUAACAAUCAUCAGAGAAAAAAACCGAGCGAAGGGACACCAGAAGCUUCGACGACUAUUUCAUCGGUAACUGCGAUACCAGGUGUGACGAUGGAGGAAGAAAAAUCAGAGAGAUUUGAUAGAGCAUCUUCUGGUGGACCAUCGGAUUCUUCUUAAGUAACAACUCCUAUCUUCGAUGCGUUUAGAAAAAAGUAAACAAAAAAAAAAAAAAACAAAAACAAAAAAAAUGAAAAAAAGUAAUCGGUUUUACUGAGAAAAAUGGUAUAGAUUUCUAUGCAAUUGCUAGCCUACCAUGGUAUCCACGGCGAAAUACCAUGGAGAGUGCUGCGAGGGUUCAAUAUUGGACUCUAAGAAAGACUGUAGUGCAUGACAAUAUAGUCGUUAUAUUCUAGUCACUUUGCCACCGUGAACUUGCCAAAAUAGGAAAGGAAUCGUUUAGAUCGAGUUGGAAAUGCUAGAAAUUAGAGGAAUAGAGGAAGAGAGAAGGGAGAGCGAGUGAGAUGAAAGCGGAGAGUAAUAAUAAUAAUUAAAAAAGUACGAUUGAAUAUUCGAUCACGGACGAAUAAGAUUAGGUCAGUUGUGCGUCUUAAACGCGCGGAAUGAAAAAAAAAAAAAAGAGAAAACAUGAAUGAGAGAUUGCGCGUGCGCAUCAAGCGUGAAAUUUAACGUGCGUAAAACAAAAAGCGAAAAGCAUUUAAAAAGAAAAAAAAAAAAAAAAGAAAUGAAAAACCUAUGACAAUCUACUAUUGCCAACGGAACCAAUCUUAUGUUCCGUGAAAAAAAUACAUCAUGAAAAUCGAUUCGUAGGAAUUGGUAGGAUGAAGAAUGACGUAGUUUCUGCGUCGAUAAUUAGAGAAAUUUACGUAGUCGAUAAGUGAACUUGAGAACAAAAAAACAAAAAAAAUGAAAAAAGAAAAAAAAAGAGAAAAAACAAAUUUGUCGAGUCUACGCGACAAUUGCAAUUAAUCGGACCACACUUUCUCGCCUUUCCUUUUUCUCCAACUCGUCAAAUAAAAAUAAACGUGUGUCGUUCGCAGGAGAGUUUCGAGAGCCACGGUAGAUCAUGGGUAGCUCUCGACGAGAGAAAUGAAACGUGCCAAACUAAAGAUACGAAAAAUAAUAAAGAAAAAAAAAAAAUAAUAAUAAAAAAAAUGGUCAUUACCGAAGUGCCAGAAAAUCUAGAUAAAAAAAAAAACAGUUUCGAAAUAUAAAAGAAGAAACAAAAAUAAAAAGUAGUAUAGUUUUUUCGUAAUCGCGAGACAGAGAUUUUAGCUGCGGAAAUAAAGAAAAAUUACAAAAAAAAAGAAAAGGAAAAUCGUGUAUUAAUACUAAUUAAGAGCUUCAUAAUAAAAUAUUCUCAGAACCAACGUAGUGUGUGGUCAAAGGAGAAGGAUAAGGUCGAACAAAUAUUGUUAUGAUUGGCUAAAAUAAUGAACAGCCAGUUUAUAGCUUAAUCGAUUAUAAUAGUAUUUUUAUCACCUCUUUCAAACUAACUCUAUAUAAAAAAAAAAAGAAAAAAGAAAAAAAAACACUCGACGAUUAGCUCGGAGUUUGAGAUAAAAUACAAUUAGAAAUUUAAGAUUAACUCCGAUGUUGUGAUAAUCUUUAAUACAAAUUGAAAUUCGUACAAUUUAUGUAAUCUCUAUGUCAAUUGGUAUUACUUCAACGGAUUCACGUGGAAAGCUAUGCAGAUACCAACUGCCGUGUACUUCCGGAUAAUCCUGCGGCGACUAACGAAAUAUUCUCUUCGUUUCCUUCUCUUCAUUUCUUUCUCGUGUUCUAAAACAUUUUUCUCAUUAACAUCUGUGAUAUACUUUAAUCGUAGUGUAUUUCCUACAUAAAAAAAAGAAGAGAGAAAGAAAGAGGAAAAGAAAAAUACAAUGAAAGCAACAAAAGCGAAUGUCAGAGAGAGAGAGAGAAAUAGCGAGACGAGAACAAGAAUAAAGAAUAAGAAGGCACAGUAAAUAGAGAAACAAAAAUAGAAAAGAAAAGGUAGUGUGCGAUUUUUUGAUAAAAAUAAAAUGAAAAAAACAUAAAACACGAACAAGUAUGAAACUGUAUGAGUGAAAAAUGAGGAGAAAAAGAAUAAUAAUAUAAAAUACAUAAUAUAUANUAUAUAUAAUAUA